AGUCGCGAGGUAUCCAUGUUUAUCUACGGACUCCAACGAGGAGACGGAUUAGCGACAGCGCCGGGCCCCUCGGAGUCCACUAUCUCCCGUGUGGUUGGGGUGUAAUCAGUUGGCAGUCACCUCCCAGGCACUUCAAGAUCAGGUGAAAGGUGUAAGAAAGAAGCCAACCAUGUCUGCUGCUACCGCAACGCGUACAUACCAGGAUCAUAUGGAUGUCGGUGGGUACAAGUACACCCAUCCUCGCACCGACAUCGGAGCCAUGUUCAACUCGCCGGGUCCAGGCUGUUAUUUGCUUCCGGACCUGGUGGGCGAGAAGCACCACGACCCUCGCAGCGUCCACAACAAGAACCCCGGCUGGUCCUUCGGCAUUCGCCACGGCAAGUUCAAGGAUGACUGCUCCCCUGGCCCGGCCUACUUGCCCAACGCCAAAAUAUAUCGGGAUGGCAAGGAUGGCACCCCUCAUUAUUCCCUGUACAGUCGCAAUGAGGACUUGCAGAACUUCAAAACCCCGGGGCCUGGCGCAUAUAGACCCGAGAGUACCGGCCCGACGGGGCAUCCCAGGUACCCUGCCUACUCCUUUGGCAUCCGACACAAACAACGACGCACGGAUCAGACUCCGGCCCCCAACAGAUAUAGCCUGCCUGGAAUGAUCGGACACACCGUACAGUCGGGCAAGCGCCAGGCUCCGUGCAUCUCUGUGCGAGGGCGCAGCAACAUCGGCAGCUUCAGUGAAGACAUGAGCAAAACUCCUGGCCCAGCAAAGUACAAUGUUGUUGACCCCGGCCUGUACAAAAAUGCCAGCCCCAGCUACAGUAUGACAUCCAGAAACAUGCUGCCAGGGGACGCCACACGCAAACCCGGGCCUGGGGCCCACAGCCCAGAGCGGGUGACGAUGAACAAACGAAAGGCGCCUGUAAUCACAUUCGGCCUUCGACACUCCGAGUACACAGUUGUUCCUAUUCAAGAGAUCUCGGACUGAAAGUCACAACUGGCAGAUGUUAUUUACAACAUUCAAACAGCAUUCAUCUAUCUGAGGAGCUUCAGAAGGCAUUGCGACUUUCAGGAGGACAGCAGGACUCGGAGCGGAAAGAGACUUUUAUUCACAAUUUUUGUAAUAGCAUAUCAUGUGAGAAUUCCAGUAUUAAACACCUUUGUUCUUACGUGUAAUUGUUUUUCCCCAUUCUUUGUUUUGUUUGUAAAAACUCUAGAUGGAAUGGAGGAUAGUCUACCUACUGUAUUCUGCUCAUUUUUGACAACUUUUAUUUACUUUUGGAUAAAUUAGGAGUGAGUGUUGGGUAUUUUUCAGAUGCAAUCCGUCCAAUUUUGAUCGCAAAAAAUCAAGCUUUAACUGGUUCCAGCAAAUCAGCUGGCUAAUCAUAUUGAAAAGCUGUAAUAUGUAUAUCUAACAUUUCACCAGCAGAAUGAACAGAGUAAAAGAAACAUGUCCAUCAUAACUUUUAAAUGAAAGCCCCAAAAGUCUGUUUUUAACAAGUGAGCCCAUAAAACCAACUUUAAAUGUUUAGUUUGACUAGUUUCAAAAAUUACUUAGUAAAUUUCUGUCAUUAGUAAUUUUAUUUCUGUAAGCAGUUGGACUGGGUGCAGUAAUGUUUACAAGAAGUAUUAUUAUGAAUAGACCACAUCAGCAUUCUGCCAUCCAUUGCGAUUUCUUCAGCAUUAUUUGUACAUUAUUAAAUGUGAGUUAUUAUUAUUAUCAUUUUAAUAAUACACAACAUUUCCUAGUGUAUAUGCUGUCAGGUUUUAUAGUAAAAAAAUGAUACUUCACAAGUCUGCCUUAUAUGUUCCAAUAUCCAACGCUUAGAAAUGCAUGAAGGUUUGAAAGGUCCGCAGAUGUAAGGACAACCUCGAAGAAUUAUUUGAAAAUGUGGCAGAAAGCAGUGUUAUAUUAUCAGUGUGUAUAUCACUUCUUUGCUUAGCUUCCUCAUCUAUUAUUCUUAGUUUCAUGUUGGUGCAAGCAGCACAGUAGUCUGUUCUUCACAAAGAGAGACAACUUGCCAGCAUACAAGCUACUCCACUGUUCACAAAGCUCUCUAUGUUCACAGUAAUUCAUCAGUAGUCUGAGUUAGUGCAGCAUCACUUACUUUUCUUUUUCUAAAUUAUUUGAAUAUACAUCAGUGGUUUUUAUUUUAAAAUCUGUUUUUUUAAUUGCAAUCAGGAAGGCCUGCCUAUUUGUCGCUAUCAAAGAUAUGCACAAGAAAACAACUGCUGGCUUUUUUAUAUAUCAAUGCAUAAUUCUCUUCUUUGUAUCAACCAGUUUGUAAUGCUUUGUCUUUUACUUUAUGUACAUCCAGUCUGUUAUGUAAGAGAAUAAAUUUCAUGUUCGGAGUGAGA